AUGAGGGCCAGUAUACCGCCAACUAUCCUACUCGCCUUCGUGCAGCUCGUCUCUGCUGCGACGAGCGUAGAUUUCGACCCACUUCAACAUGUUAAUCUCUUCAUCGGGACAAUUAACGGGGGAAAUACCUUCCCCGGAGCAACUGUUCCGCACGGGAUGGUCAAGGUCGGGAUGGACACUGAUGGGAAUAACUUCGCUGGCUAUGAUGCUCGACCCCAGUUCAAUGUAACCGGAUUCUCGCAAUUGCAUCAGUCUGGGACCGGAGGAGCAGUUCCUCUGUCGAACUUCAAGCUGUUCCCUGUUCCUCAAUGUUCUGCUUUUGAGCAAUGCUUGACGACCAUCGCAGCGAGGAAGACAUUACGAAACAUACUUCCAGAUGGGUCUCCCGACGACUUUGCGUCUCCUGGAUAUUUCUCCACCAAUUUGUCAACCGGUGUCCGUGUAGAGCUUACCGCAACACGACGCACUGCCCUCCAUCGCUACACAUUCCCCGCCAACUCUACCACUCCCCGAAUCCUCCUCGACAUCACCAACGAUGGUCAGGUUAGCGGGAUCCUGCCUGAGCUCACCAUAGAUCCCAUGUCCGGCCGUAUGCAGGCUAGCGCGAAUUUUGCGACGUCUUUCGGCUUUGCUCGCUACGAUGCAUACGCAUGCGUUGACUUCCGGGGCGAAGGGUAUUCGUUCGACGGACCCACGGAGUGGGGGCCGUACAAAAUCAACUAUCCCGACAAGAAUGGCGUGGAUUUACUCCAGCAUUACUAUAGCCUGGGGUCUGAACACGGUGGUCUGAUGUCAUUCCCCAAAAACCCCUCAGGAACGAGCACUAUCCUUGCUCGCGUGGGCAUCUCGUUCGUGUCGACCGCCCAAGCAUGCGAAAAUGCAGAGGAGGAAAUCCCCCAGUUCGACUUCGCGCAGGUGUUGGCUAAUUCUGAGCACCAAUGGCGCGACAUUCUUGGAAGAGUACAAGUGGACAGCACCGGGGUCGACAAAGACACAGUCACGAUGUUGUAUUCGUCGCUCUAUCGGACGCAUAUUGUUCCAGGAGACUAUACUGGUGAAAAUGCUAAGUGGAAGUCUGCAGAGCCGUACUACGACGCGUUCUACUGUAACUGGGACACAUAUCGCACGCUCUUCCCCCUAAUGUCCCUUCACGACCCUGAAAACUUCGCUCGUAUUGUCCGCGGCAUGAUUGACAUACAAAAGCAUGAGGGAUGGCUCCCAGAGGGUCGAGAGGCUGGGCAACAACAAUUUAUCCAAGGCGGUAGUCACGGAGACCCGAUUCUUGGUGAAUUCUUCGUCAAAUACUCAAAACAAGCUGCUUCUCUGGGUGUAUCCGCUACGGAUCUAUAUAAUGCUCUACUGGCCGAUGCGGAGAACACACCACCGAAUUGGAAUUUGCAAGGACGCCAAGCGGACGUUUGGAAGACGAAAGAUGGUGUUGAGCGUAAAUUAUCCACACCAGAUACGACUUAUCCUGGUGGAGCAAAUACAAAGCAAGUUUCCCGUGCAAUUGAGUAUGCCUUCGAUGACUUUGCGAUUUCUCAAGUAGCCAAAACCCUUGGCAAGAAAGCGGAUGCUAAGAAGUAUGCUGGCCGCGCACAGAAUUACCACAACUCCUGGAAUGCUAACGUCUCCCUGGAUGUCCCCGGUUUCUUCAAUGGCAGCGUCUCAGGCUUCUUCCAGCCCAAAUUUGCGAAUGGAACAUGGAACUUUACCGAUCCACGCCAUUGCAGUGUUCACGACCCUGCUCAAGCGACAUGUUUCCUCAAUGCCAUCCGAAGAGACGGCUUUUAUGAGAGUUCACCUAUCGUCUAUUCUCAAUACGUUCCGCAAGACACAGCAAACCUCAUCGCGCUGCAAGGAGGAAAUGAGCUGUUUAUCGAGCGACUCAACUGGAUCUUCAAUCAGAGCUAUUUCGACUCAACCAAUGAACCGUCACAACAGAUUCCGUUCAUGUACCACUACGCAAAUGCGCCGGGUCUCAGUACCCAACGCUCGCGACAGGUCAUCUCAGCGGCAUUUAAUACCUCGUUGAACGGAUUGCCAGGGAAUGAUGACUCUGGGGCAAUGGCCAGCUAUGUGUUUUUCUACUUAGCCGGCAUGUACCCCCUACCGGCGACUAAACAAAUCCUUCUGUCGUCACCAUACUUCCCCUCGAUUUCCUUCACCAACCCACUCCUCAAAAAGACUACGACUAUCAAAGUCACGAACUUUGUGGGCAAUCCGUCGGAUGGUACCGGCGGUACAGUCUUCGUUAAGAGCGUAAAAGUCAACGGAAAGGCGUAUAAGUCGAACUGCUAUCUUGAGUGGGAUGUGUUCACCAGCGGGUCAACAGUCGAAUUGGAGUUGACGGAUGACAUCAAUGUUACCUGUGGCAAGGGGAAGGAUGCGCUUCCCCCUUCUCUUUCGACAGGCGGGUACGAUUAG